CGGGGAGAGGGGAAGAACAAGAGCGCACCAAAAAAAAAAAAAAAAAAGCUAGCGUGCGACAGUUGAGUAACGUAUGGAUUACUUUGACUUCUUCCCCGCCAUUUUUAUGAGACUUUCGGCUGACUAACAACGGCGGAAACCUGGUUUAGCGCUGCUCGUCCUUUCUUUCCCAUCAGCUCCUAUUCCCAGAUAGAGGAUAUAAGCAUGGGGUGAGACGGCUGAGACCAGACAGCAAGACAACGCAAGCAAAGAGGCCCACACACCUGCACAGGUUCUGUCCAGUGGAGGGCUGUCAUGGCGCUGCUGCGUUGGAACCUGAAGCUUAUGGUGACGCUGAUGAUGGUCAACCUCUUCAUCUUCAUCCUCAUCUCCUUUAACAACAGCGCCGGAAGAAACGGACCUCGGAAACCCCACGUCCCCCUCAAACCUUUCUGGACCAAGCUAGCCCCCAGUUCCCCCUACUGGAACCGGCAGCAGCAGAUCCUGGACUUUCAGAACAAUCCCAUCCUCUUGGCGAACUCUAGCAGCGCUGAGUUGCCCGACUGGCUCAACGAGACCAGUUCACCCUCUGACCCCUGCCAGCCCAACCUCAAGGUCACAACUCAGGUUAACGACUACAACUCUUUACCGCCUCGCUUCAAGGACUUCCUGCUUUACAUGCGCUGCCGCUCCUACCCCAUCCUGCGAGACCAGCCCACCAUCUGCAGGGAGCCGCCGUUCCUGCUGCUCGCCGUCAAAUCCAUCGCGCCUCAUAUAGACCGGCGCCAGGCCAUCCGUCAGUCCUGGGGGUCGGCCGGCGUCGUCGCCAACAUGACUGUGGUCACCGUUUUCCUUCUCGGAGAUGCUUCUAAUGCCGACUAUCACCCCAAUCUGUCCGAGAUGGUGGAGUACGAGAGCAAGCAGCACGGAGACAUCGUCCAGUGGGACUUCAGAGACUCCUUCUUUAACCUGACUGUCAAAGAGCUGCUGUUCUUAGAAUGGAUUCAGACCCGCUGCUCUGGAGCUCGCUACAUCUUCAAGGGGGACGACGACGUCUUUGUCAACACGUACCGCAUCCUGGAUUUCCUCAAGGGCUUAUCUGAACCCAGAGCCAGAGACCUGUUUGUCGGGGAUGUAAUCACCAACGCGGGGCCACACAGAGACAAGAGGGUGAAAUACUUCAUCCCUGAGAGCAUGUAUGUCGGUACGUACCCUCCGUACGCAGGAGGAGGGGGCUACCUUUACUCCGGAGACCUCGCUGCCCGCCUGCACAACGUCUCGCAACACGUAGCGCUCUAUCCCAUAGAUGACGUCUACACGGGGAUGUGUCUCCGGAAGCUGGGGCUCGCUCCAGAGAAGCACAAAGGCUUCAGGACUUUUAACAUCGAGGAGAAGUUUCGCUCGAACCCCUGCGCUUACAAGAGCUUAAUGCUGGUUCACCCGAGGACCCCGCAGGAGAUGAUCCAGAUCUGGUCCUGGCUCAACAGCCCCGACUUGACCUGCCAGUGAAAUGUCUGAUGGGAUCCAGCCAGUUCCCAAAAGCAGCAGUGACACAUUUUAAAUGUGGAUCAGGGUCACUGAAGAGUCGGCAGCUUUAAAGCGGGUCGGCCUCUCAGAGAGACGGUCUGGCCUAAAAGAAUAAAACUUCCUCAGGCUAAUCCUGCUGUCCCGUUUGUUGGAAGUGAAUGUCUUUAGUAGAGUACAGAUAUUUAUAUCUCAACUAUUUAUACAGGCCUUCCAAUGCUUCAACACUGUCUGUCCGCUCCGCAGGGGAGCGUCUGAAUGCUGUAUUCUUUUAGAAGAGUGUCCAUGUGGGACUGACACGGGACGACUGAAAGUUCAAAUGUUUUUAGAAGUAUUGGUAAAAAAACACGCCAUGUCCCGUUUCUCAGGCUCUUAGCAGUGGUUUGUGCUGGAGGCUUAAACUGUGCUGCUAUCCCCACCAUACUCCCUGAAGUAUUCACCACACUCCACGCUGAGCUGGACCAGUUUGGCCUUUUCAAGAAUUGGUAUUUUUUUAUUAAUACGCAUUUUAAAUUCACACAGAGUUGUGUUGCAGCAGUCGAUGCGUACCUGACGUGGUCAGCGAUGGAGAUGCUCUGCUUUCCUUUGUUUCUGUGGAUGUAGUGUUACAGCUCUAAGGGGAAGCGGUUCUGAUCAACAGAGAACAACCAGCAGCUCCAAUACCCCCAGAUGAACCAUUUUUAUUUAUUACUAGUUUCACCGCGGCUCAGCUUUCCAUCCUUUUUCUGGUUUUAUUAAAUCAUUCAUUUCAACCUGGUCCACAUGCUAUUAAGAAAGAAACUAUUAUUUCCUUUAGAGUUGGUGCUUUCUGCUGCUUCACUUCUAUUGUCACUUUUUAGAAAGGCUGCAGUUUGUCUUUGCGUGUAUAAUUAUAAAUCUAUGGGGAGAAAUGUCAAACUCAUUUCUUUGUCAUAUACUUACUGUUAGUAUGAGUAAAAGAAAACGUCUGAAAUGUUUUAGUCUGCCGCUGAUCAUUUCCUAUUCGUCUGCUUAAAACUCACAUUUCUGGGGGAAUAAAUCUGUCUUUGUUGUUGUUAUUAUUUGACGUGUGAAUCUUUAUGAAAGGAAAAAAGGUUUUUCUUUCCAUCUCCGUUAAAGAAGCGCCCCCUGCUGGUCAGGGUGGAAACUCAGCCCUGCUGAUGCUGUAUAUGCAAACAGAUGUCUCUCUGAUGUAGGAUUUGUUUUAAGAACCUGAUUAUCGUUUCACUCUAUGGCUCCUUUGACCUUCCAAUCAGCCUUAAAAUAUUCAAACACUAAAAGGAGCUAAACAGUCGACAGCCACUUCAAUAAAUGCUUAAAGCACAAUUUUUAUUUUUCAACCACACAUUUUGUUGCUUUUCACCAGUAAUUGGUUGAAUUCUCUCACUGGACACAGUUAGUGGCUACUUGAAAUGUUUACCUAGUGUUAUGUGAUGGACAAACAUUUUUAGCUGUUUUCUUUAAGUUCUUCUGGACUUUUUCAAUGUU